UUUGGAAGAGCUUCAGGUCAAAAUGACCGCCAAAGUGGAAACAGUGACCUCUAUUGAUGUCGCGUUCGAAAAUUGUGAAGAAGUGGCUUCGUCAAGAAAUUUUGGAUUUUCCAUGUAUAGAUCACGGAGAUGGAAAUUGCAUGACGCAAUGCCGCAUACGAUUUUCGUAACGACGUGAACGUGAAGCGGUACAACAAGAGCGCUCAAUUCCUUCAGCCUUUUGGUUUUCACGACUGCUCGACUCCGCUCAAAAUUCGGGAGACGCAUUUGAUCUCAGUGCUCGGACCGAUACAGGCGACUAUCAUGUUGCGAGGAGACGGGUACCUUCCGACAAGUGGGGCUGUUCCCGAGCCCGGAUGCAGCUCGUACGCAGGUAGGCGAAGCAAGCGGCUUUCGCGGAAAUGCCCAGCGGCCAAAGAGAGGAGUGCGCGGCGAAGAUGCAGAAAGUCAAGGCGGAUGUGCGUUAGUGGAUGCGCCACAAAUGAUAAUUUGCCUGGUGCCGCAUGCGAUGUGAUCGAGCACGCGACACACCUGGAUUCGAAGAAGCAGAUACCAAGAAACCACAAGCACGUGAAUCAACAAGUUGGUGGAGGACGGCACGACGUAAACAGAGUGAAAAGGAGAAGAAACAACGUAUCCUCCGAACACAGCACCACGGUGAAGAGGAUCCUUUUGUCCACUGCCGGGAUCCUAUCGUCGUUGUUCAUAUCUCAUAGCGCUCUUGCGGAGCCCUUCCCGUCGGACUUCGUCAUUUUCACGGUUCCAGGAGAAAAGGCGGUGAAGUACGUUGUUCCGUCGAACCACAAGGACGUUUCUGGAACCAAUGCUGCAGGAGGGAAAGUUAAAGUGCUUAUAGACGACGGGCUGAAGCAUCCCCAUGGACUAGCUUUUGAUCGAAACACGCAAGCGCUAUUUGUCACAGACAGCACAGCGCAGCGGGUCUAUCAAUACGACAUCACAGCAGCGUCAAACGAGGAACUCACUGCGACGGCGCAGCGCGAAGUAGCAAGUACUUUUGGUUUGCUUCAGUGUGUCUGGCUAAGAUGUAGUUGGAGAGUGAGAAUCAUGAUAGACGAUUGCAGAUGGUUCUCGUUGGACUUGGAGCUACAAACAACAGCACUGGGAUGAAGGUAGAUCAAGUUCUCUCUUAAUGUCAACAACUCAGGAAACGUCGAGGCGCAUUGGCUAGCAGUCGAUCCACGGAACAACACCUUAUAUCUCACGAGCAAGACCAGUAAUAUGAUUUGCAGCGUCUAUCUCGACGACCAGGAUGGAGCGUGCCAUGUGGUAGCGGCGUUUUGCUAGAGUGCAGACUUCAACACUACAAACUUUUCUCAGACCACAUUGUCCUCAGGAUUUAGACAGUUGUAAGGACAUGGUCCUUCAUCUGCUUAUUUCCAUUUUCACACGACAACCUCCUACACAGAUAUACCAAGGAGACACUGCGGAAAAUCCGAAAGGACUGGCGAAUAUAAAAAGUCCGGCUGGCAUAGAUGUCGACGGUCAUAAACUAUUUUACGGAAAUGGCCAGGAAGCACUGACUAAGGGGAGUGUUGUACUUAAGCUACAAGUUAUUGGCUUCGAUGUUUCCUGACGGUGACCCGCGAACCACACAUCUAUGAUUUAUAUCAACUUUCUCCUGCAAAUAUAUUCGAGAAAGUGGGAGAGGUUAUUGUAGAUCGUUGUGUGUAGUUUUGAGAUUCACGGACUGCGCCCAUGGCUAGCAGGGGAUUGGUUCAGUGAGCCGGAACGACAAUUCUUGUAAUACUUGCUCUCAGAUGUCCGCAACCACUACCGUUGGCGCUGUCCCCACCGUCAACAAGCUCCCAAACAAGGCAAUUACGGAGACGGUCCAGGGCGUCUGCGCUUCUCGCAGCAACGUUUUCUACACGGACGGAAUAUCGAACCUUUAUGCCAUUAAGAAGUGGGGCGGAACUCCGCUUGUGGUUUCAAACGGAUUAUCCGCAGGAGCAGGCUGCACGUGGGACGGCGAUGGGGCGAUGUAUGUCGCGGACAGCAAGAGCAUUCGAAAAUUUCCAGCGAACAUGGGGACGCUGCAUCCGGUUUUGCACCUGGAUUUGGUAGCAAACACAGCUCCGGUUGCAGAUGUUGCAGUGUUUUCGACGAAAGAUGUUUAGUGCUCGAGGGCGCCGCACCCAAUGUCCUGCUGCUAGCCUUGAGUAUUUUGCGUAAUCUAUCUAACAUACCUCCCAAUCCCUCCGGUUGAUUUGAUCUACGGGAUUCACACACUCACUGACUGCAUACUAGCAUUUUUACAAAACAUGAGAUAUAGACUAACAUACAAAUUAUUGGCUGCAAGUUCAUAUCUGAUUCUGACGGACCUUGUUUAGGCCAUGCAGAG